AAUGAGAUCAUUUUAUUUAAUUUUUUUUAAUCAGUUCUUUAAAGGAUUUGUGUUGGUUAUUUAUUUUUUUUAAUUUUUUGUCUGUGUUUUACUAAUAGCAAAUAAUGUAAUAUAAUCCGUUUCUCCUUUAUUUAUUUUAUCUCCAUCUAGUGAACAAACUGUCUGACAUGCUUGUAUACAGUGUUUAUUACAUAUACUAGAGAUCUUAAUUAUACAUUGUAUAUGUAAUGUAUAAUUUAUAAUUGUAUUUAGUAUUAUGAAUAGUGGAAAACGGUAUUGAAAUGGUGAAAUUAUUGUAAAUGGCUGGAACCAUUACUGCCAGUACUUUACUGUGAAAUUAGUACUGUCCUUUAGUAUAAAAACUACAUAAUAUUUACUUGUUUCCCAGAAGACAACAUAAGUAGUUUUUUUCCCAAUCAUCCAAUUCAAAAAGGCUCUUUUUUUUUUUUUUUGAGCAUUACUAAAUGUUUUCCUUGUGUAAUAUUUGUCUGAGUCCUUCAGUUGGCUUCAGUAUGAAGAUGGAUCUCAAAACCAUACAGUCACUGAAAAGAGUUCAGAUAUGCAGGAGAUGCUGGAAAACUAUGUUUAAAUGCUCAGGACAAACAAGGGCAUCAUGAACAAUUAUCACAAACAUAGCAACAGAUUUUGAUCUUGGUAGCGACACAGUAUUAAGAAUCAAGGUGCAUCUGGUGACGAUACGGACAGUGUGUUUGUGAUGCAAGGAGAAUCAGUCACUCUACACACUGGUGUUGAAACAAACCAACAAGACAGAAUUAGAUGGUAUUUCAAUGACACUCGCAUCGCUCAAAUCACUGGAGAUCUCAGUAAGAUCUGUACAGAUGUUCAGUGUAAUAAUGGUACUGAGAGAUUCAGAGGCAGACUGAAGCUGGAUCAUCAGACUGGAUCUCUGACCAUCAUGAACAUCACAACUCCAAACUCUGGAGUUUAUAAACUACUGAUGAGCAAUGGCAUUAUAAAGACAUUCAGUGUUAGUGUCACUGCGGUUCCAGAUUCAGGCCUGUCUACAGCAGUAAUAAGUAGUGUUGCUGUUGCUGCUGUUGUUCUGCUGGUUGCAGCUGCUGGUGUGAUUUAUUGUUGCUGCAGGAGAUCUACACCAGCAGGACAAAAUGGAACAAUGACACAGCACAGUGAUCCUGACCUGGGUGGAAAUGAGCAGCAGGUGCAGUGGAUCUCCAAUGAUGAGUUGACUGAUUUAAGGAUCUCUGUCCUACAGUGUGGUGUGCCCCGUUUGAGCUUGAACAGACAAACAGACAAAAGAUUUCAGGAGCAUGGUGGAGAACCAUUGCCCCUUAUUCAGGAUGAGAUUCUACAGAUGGUUGUUGCUGAUAGGACAUCCCUUGAUCAGACCUUCAGUACCAUGAAGAUGGGUUCUGCUGGAGAGGCGUCCACUGAUCAGAAUGAAACCACACUGACGGAUGCUGCUGGAGGGGCAUCUGCUGAUCAGGCUGAGACCCUGCAAACAGGUGCUGCUGAAGGGGCAAAUGUUAAUCAGGCUGAGACAGGGUGUUACCUGCAGUAAAACCAUGGUGAAGGGAUUAUUACAGCUAUCGAGACAGAAACAGUGUGUUUCCAGUAUUGCUGUUUCUUUAACCCUUAAAUGCAUGAAUGUUUUGUAAGGAGUGAAAUUAUUUCCUUACGAAUCCAAAACGUCAGGAACUUACACAAAACAGAUGCCAUGCAACAAAACAAUAAAACUAAGCUGGAGAAGAGAUCUCCAAAGAGAGCAAACACCACCACCCCCUUUGCUCAUUUACGAGCCCCUUCUCCACUCUCCAACUUCACUGUUGGCCAAGUGAAUUUCUAAGUGACACUGGGACGUUAAUGAAUGGAUAAUUGAAAGUAUGGGAUUUCCAGAAUAAUCAAAUAUAUAAAUUAAUAAACAAUCAAUAUUUGUGAUCAGUUUUUAAUUAGAAAUAUUGCCUAAAUUUAAUGAUCACUUGAAAUUGGAGUCAGAUUGAACACGGAGCUAGACUAAAAUUGAAACCAAAUCCUGAUAAAUUCAGAGGCGAAAGUAAAAGACCGAAUGAGCAUUAAACCUUCAACCAGGCCACUGGACUCCGCUUUUGGGCCGGCGGGUGGAUCGCCAGUUUCGCCAAUCACUGUUAUAUAUUUGCGUCUUUAUAGCGACCCGGACCUAUAUAUCUAACACAGAUGGACCUCUAACUCUCUAAACUCUCCUGAUAUUUUAAUAACUAUUACAAAAGAAAAAAAUAAAAUAAAAAUAAAAAAUUUCAUUACCUUUUGAAACUUAGAAUGGUUCAGUUUGAGCAGAUGAUUUUACCACUGAUUUUGAUGGCAGGCAGCUUAUUCACCACAUCCACCUUCAAAUGACAGUGAUACUUCUAUUUGAUUGCAUACAGUAUUUGCUAAAAUCGAUUUUUAAAAACGUAAUUAAAUAUGCAUAUCACUGUUUUUGUUGUGAAAAAAAAGUAUAGGCUACGCUUGUAAUAUAUUAAUUAAAAAGUUGUGCAUGUCAUUAGGAGGCACAACACUUGCACCAAUUGUUUCGAUUUAAGGUUUUACUAAAGGAACAUGCAUAAAUGAGAAAAUAAACUGCAGGACGUGCUCAAUGUUAAAGAGAGUUAUUAAGCGCAAUAAGCCAUGGAAAAUAUCUCAAUGCUUUAAUCGCACUGACUGACACACACCUGAAGCGCAUACACAGAAAGCCUUCUCUCUCAGACAGUAUGUGACACUGAAUUCAGUUUUCUUUAGUGGCGUAUUGCGCUUGAACGGUCAGAUGCACACAGAAUUAUUUCAAAAUAUCUGUCUUGGUGAGUUUUAGAAUCGAAUCCUUAAGCUCUGAAUUGUAAUUGAAUCAUGAGGCAAGUGAAGAUUCACACCUCUAGUAUAUACACUUUAUUUAACCAGAAAGCCUCACUUGUUUUGUCAAUUAUAAACUUGUGUUUUCAAAAUUCCGUGGCCCAUACCGAUGCUUUGGCUUUUGGUUCGUAUGUUAUGUAUGUAUGUAUGCAUGUAUGUAUAUGUAGCAGGGAUAUGUUGUUACACCAGAUUAUAAAUUUUAGUUAUUUACAUUAUUUUAUUUUUAAUUAUUAUUUGUUAGGGGGUAUUUUAUUUUGACAGAAGGUUGUGCGCUCUUAUCAAAGGUUAUAAUUACAGUGUGCACAUCGGCUGACAUCAUACGUAGGUGAGAGAAGGAAAUCACGGUGAAAUCUAGGCUCGUCCUCUUUCUGGCGAUGCCAUUAAGAGGAGAGAGGUACGAUUUCAUGAGCUCUGUUAAUUUGAUGUUAAAUUUUGUUUUCUAGCUGUUCACUUCAUGUUUAAAUGAUCAAAUGUGAGAAAGUAUUCUAUUUGAUGUUAUGUUAAACCAUUAGUUCGAGAUAUCAGUGUGUUAAAUUAAGUUUAUUUGAGUGCUGUUAUCGGGUAAAUAGUGAACUGCGUGAAAUGGCGCAGUGUGUGCAUUGUGUGUAAAAGAUGUGUUGGCAGCUAAGCGGCUAUCAUCACGAUUAAUUGGAUAUAUAUAUAUAUAUAUAUAUAUAUAUAUAUAUAUAUAUAUAUAUACACACACUAUAUUGCCAAAAGUAUUGGGUCACCCCCAUCUAAUUAACAGGUUUGACUACUUUAGUAAUUUCCAUGAAUACAAAUCUUAAUUUUUAAGCAUAUAAUGAUAUUCUAGGGAAUUGUUUGCUUCUAAUUUUAUAGCAACAGUUUGGACAGGACUCUUUUCUAUUCUAACAUGACAAUGUCUCUGUGUAUAAGGCAAGGUUCAAAAAGAAAUUAUUGAUUGAGUCAGUGUAGAAGAACUUGACUGUUCUGCAGAAAGCCAAGUCCUAAUCCAAGCUGAACACCUCUGGUGUGACUUUAAAUGCAGACCUUGAGCCUAAAACUCAUCACUAAACACCAAUGACUUGUACAUACACUACAUGGACAAAAGUAUCGGGACACCCCCUUCUUUAGAACAAAAAACGGCACUUCCAAAACUGUGGCAACGAAGAUGGAAACGUAAUUAAUUUAUUUAAAAAUUGUAUUUCUAUCUCUGUUGCAACAGUUUUGAAAGUGUCUAAAAUGACUGUUCCCAUGUGUACAAGUCAUUGGUGUUUAGUGAUGAGUUUUUCAUCCUCUGAGUACACAGAAGUGCCAACACAAUCACUUGUUUGUUUGUUUGUUUGUUUGUUUUAUCUGCAGUAACAAAGUAUGUGAAUCCAGCAGGCCAUAUAGAUAAAAAGGAAGACAACAUCUGAAGCUUUAAUGGGUGUAUUUUCAGUGCUUUUUGUGCUGAACACAGUGUAAAGGGACUUUAGUAUAUAAUUGUAUUAGUAUAAGUAAUUGUAUUAGUAUAGUAUUAGUCAAAACAUCUCCAGGGCCCAUAAAAGUCCUAACACAUUUUAGGGGAAGUUACAAAAUUUGAGUAUCCUUAGCAAACUGUGUUGCAUAAUAUGUGCACUAUCUUCCAGGUCACUGAUCCAACAGACAAUAGGUGCCUUUUAUGCUCAACCUGGCACCUAAGAGACAGCCUUUUAAAAAAUCAUCUUGCCGUGUAAAAUGGACUUCCCAAUAGUUAUACCAAUGCUCCAGAUAGCAUAUGGUUAAU